AUGGUUCUGCCGUGUAUUCAGUCCGGCUGGAAACAAGGUCCGUGUGAAAGGGUUCCGUGGGGCCCACUCCGCUGUGCGGGCCGGGGGGCUCCGUUACCGGGUGUGAGGGGGUCUCUCCGUGUGACACAGAGACAUGUACCGCGCUCAUCGCAUGUCCGGGGGACACAUUGUACUGCUACACUGCACACUUCCGGAGCCUGCCCCUCCUCCCACCCCAGGGUCCUAGGCCCGGCCAUGUUAGCUUUGUCUGGCAGGGUUCAUGGCACCCCCAAAACAACGGGGACACAGAGCACCCCAACACUGCUAGCACUGCAUCCAGGGAGCAGGUAGGUGGGUCUGGGACAACAGCACUAACCCCAGCAGGGACUGAGCUGGCUGCCAAGAAUUAUCUGUCUGUCUGUCUGCCAAGAAUUAUCUGUGUGUCUGUCUGUAAAGAAUUGUCUGUCUGUCUGUAAAGAAUUAUCUGUCUGUCUGUCUGCAAAUAAUUAUCUGUCUGUCUGUCUGUCAAGAAUUAUCUGUCUGUCUGUCUGUCAAGAAUUAUCUGUCUGUCUGUCUGUCAAGAAUUGUCUGUCUGUCUGUAAAGAAUUAUCUGUCUGUCUGUCUGCAAAUAAUUAUCUGUCUGUCUGUCUGUCUGUCAAGAAUUAUCUGUCUCUCUGUCUGUCUGUCUGUCUGUAAAGAUCGAUCUGUAUGUCUGCCAAGAAGUAUCUGUCUGUGUGUAAAGAACUAUCUGUGUAUCUGUCUGCAAAGAAUUACCUGUCUGCCAGUAAAUAAUAUUCUGUAUGUAUGUAAAGAAUUGUCUGUAUGGACGGAAAGAUCUGUUGGUAAAGAAUAUUCUGUCUGUGGAGCUAUCUGUCUGUCUGAACUGAGAGCUGUCUGUCGUGAAAAGAUUAACUGUCUGAACUGAGAGCUGUCUGUAAAGCACUGUCUGUCUGUCUAUACUGAGAGUGUCUCUGUGUAAACAGUAGUUUGCUUGCACUGUUUGUGUUUAGUGAAUCAUUUGUGUGUACUGAGUGUUGUUUGUCUUUACUCGGUGAUGCCAAUUGAUCAUAUUUACUGAGUGACCUGUCUGACUACAAAAUGUAUUGAACUGUCUGUACUGGGAGAUUUGUCUGUCUUCACUAAAGUGUGUGUGUGUGUGUGUGUUCCUGUCUAUGAAGAGUUGUUUUUCUGUACCAAUGCUGAGUCUGUAAUUAGCAAUUUCACAAAUAUCAUUACAGCAGCACACCUCGAUAAUCAAUCACACUUUAUUAUAAGGUGCUUUUAACCCCAAUUUCGCAUUCUUGUUUUUACUAUAUAUGGAGGUUUUUUCUCUUGAAACAGGCUACUUGUCUGAAACAUUGGGAAUUUUUUUUAUCCUCCUGUUAGUACUUUUGUAUCACCAUCAUGGCCAACUUCAAAUGAUUUAUGUUAUUUAUGGUGGUGUGCUGCUGUCAAUAUAUUGUGAGAUAUAACUUUCCAGUCAGCAACUUAAACUGACCUUACCCUGAUCUGCACCUCAUACAGUGUUUUAAAGGGACACUAUAGUCACCAGAAGAACCACAGCUUAUUGUAUUUGUUCUGGUGAGUAUAGUCCGUCCCUGCAUGCCUUUGCGCAGUGAACACUGUCUUUUCAGACAAUAUGCAGUGUUUACAUUGCUGCCUAGUGAUCACUCCACUGGCCACUCCUCUAGAUGGCUAAUAGAGGUGCUUCCUGGGGCAGUUUCGGUGUCUCCAUCCUCUGCAUGGAGACACUGAAGCUGUCACCGAGCCAGCAGACUGAAAUAAAGGUAAGAUGUUACUAUAUUCAGGGGGGCUAGAUGGUGUUUGUAACACUAUAUGGUCAGGAAUACAUGAUUCUGACCCUAUAGUGUUCCUUUAAGCUUUAAAGGGUUAGUCCAACCAUUUUUUUUUUUUUUAUCAUAAAUAUAUAUUUAAAUUUCUAAUGCUUUAUUGGGUGCUAAUAGCAUGUCCACCCCUAUUUUCAGUACUAAAACAUAAAAAAAUAAAGAUAGAAUUUACCUUUAAUCCAGUGUCUGAUGAGGUUCUUCCAUGCCACGUCAAAUGCACUUCUCAUAGAGAACCGUUUGAUUUGGCCAAUCGCUAGGCUCAGGGUGCAUGAGGAGGGAGUUGGGGUGGACAGAAAGAGGGAGGGGAUUACAUAAAAACAAAAUGAGCAGGUAUAAAUACAAGAAAGGGAGGGGAGAUCAAGGCUUCCUCUUGUAGGCGCACUCCCAUUACUGCUUGCAAGGGGAGAAGCUCACUGUGUCUGUCACCAGCGCUUUGUGCGCACUGACAACAGACUUAUUUUUUGCACAGAAUUAACAUUAGGCAGUGUGGAACAGGUUUCCAGGCUGCCUAAGUCACGUGUGAAGAGGUGUAUCUAGCGCCCGGAACCUUACAGAUUCCUACCACCAUGACCACUUUUAAAAGCAGAAGUGGUCAUGGUGGCUGGAGUUAUCCUUUAAUCUGGUUUUAUGGUUAUCAUGUGUGCAACUAAAUGCUAAUGGAAAUACAUGUGUCUGUCUGUGAAAGAUUUGAGCUCCAAUACUCCUAUCAUGAGUAAACUGAUUUGUACUCUUGUCUCUAUAGGACUCGUUAAACAUGGCGUCAGUGAAGAUAGAAUCCACUAUAGAGGUGGUGUUGGAGGACAGCCCUGGGUUUGUGCAGUCUGGUCGUCGCUUCCGUUGCUUGAGCUGCAACAAGACCUUCCCUAACAAGCCCAGGGCCGAGCGGCACUGCUAUGCUCAUCAAACGGAUGGUGCCGCUACCCCUUCUCUUCCCAAAAAGAAACGCAUGCCAGGGUCGGAGCAGCGGCAUCAGUGUGUUCUUUGUGACAAGUCCUACAAAUCGGCUUCAUUGCUCAGGAGUCAUGCUCGAAGCCACACAGGAGAGAAACCUUUUGUGUGCAAACAGUGUGGGAGAUCUUUUAUGCAGCCCAUUUGUUUGCGGGUGCAUAUGGCCACGCACAAUGGCCAGCUGCCUUUCCCAUGUGGGCAGUGUGAUAAAGCCUAUGCGACACCCUCCAAGCUUCGCAUCCACCAGAGGCUUCAUACAGGUGAGCGCCCUUUCAUUUGCUCUGACUGCGGUAAAGGUUUUGCUGAUCCCUCUGUUUUCCGCAAGCACAAACGGAGCCACGCUGGACUAAGGCCUUACCAGUGUCCGCUAUGCCAAAAAGCCUAUAGUGAACUUAAGGACCUAAAAAACCAUGAGCGAAGCCACACUGGUGAAAAACCCUUCUUGUGCUCAGACUGUGGCAAGGCUUUCUCUCGUGCUUCCUCGCUCACAUGUCACCAGAGGAUCCAUGCUACAGAAAAGCCUUACAAAUGUCCAAUAUGCAACAAAGACUUUACUCAGCUUUCAUCUUACCAGAGCCACCAACGAACGCACUCAGGCGAGAAGCCUUAUUUGUGUGCUCAGUGUGGACGGAUGUUCUCUGAUCCAUCCAGCUUCCGUCGGCACCAGCGGGCACACCAGGGUGUCAAGCCUUACCAAUGUGAUAAAUGCGGAAAGCCUUUUCGGCAGCCAGCAGACCUGGCGAUGCACCAGCGCAUCCAUACAGGUGAGAGGCCAUUCCGUUGCACAGAAUGUGAUAAAUCUUUUGUUGCAUCGUGGGACCUGAAGCGCCACAGGUUGUCGCACAGUGCAGAGCGACCCUUCCAGUGCCAGGAAUGUGGUAAAGGUUUUGCAGAACGCUCGGGACUCAGCAAACACCAGCGCUCACACAGUGGAGAAAGGCCAUUCAAGUGUCCAAUCUGUGACAAGAGCUUUGUAGUAUCUUCCAGCCUUCGGAAACAUGAGCGCACUCACCAGAAAGUCGAACGAGAGGUCAGUAGGAAGAAAGAAGAAUCUACCACCUGCGAAAAGUGUUCCCUGAUCUUUCCUAGCGUGAUGGACCUUAGGAACCACCAAAGGAUUCAUCCAGAGUUACGACCCUUCCGCUGUGACCAGUGUGAAAAGGGCUUCAUAGAUAGAGCAGGGCUCAAAAAGCAUCAGCGGAUACACAGCGACGUACGUCCCCAUGUGUGCGCGCUAUGCGGAAAAGGCUUUCUAGUGCCUUCUGACCUGCGCAAGCACCAACGGACACAUGCAAAGGACAGCAAGGAGAAACCAGAGGAUGAAGAAGAGGAACAAAUUACAACCUUGACCCUUCAUCCGGCCUCUGUAGAACCUCCACCUCUAUUUGACCCUCUGGUUUCCUUUCUGGAGAAAGUGGCAGAAGGUGAUAUGGAAGUGAUUGCACCUUCACCUAACUGA